AUGUCACUCUCCCGCAGCCUCCGGGCAGCAGAAACACUCCUCUCACGAACAAAAGCACCCAUCCGCCCCAACAUCAGAACCAUCACGACAGCCUCCAACCGCCAACAGCAACAACAACCACCCAAACCACCAACUCCCUCAGCCAACUCCAACAACAAACCAACACCACCAAUCCAACCAACAAACCCCCAAACCCAACCAACCCCCCAAAUCGCCAAAAUCCUCUCCCCAACCCCCUCCCACCCCACCACCCCCAACAUCUCCAAAACCGGCCUCGCCGACAAACCCCUCGAGCUCGAGACCACCCUGGAAGAAAAAAUCGACUGGACGCGCUCCUUCCACGGCCUCUCCGCAGCCCCGUUCCCCAAAGAAGCGGCCGACAUUCUUCUCGCCGAGACGGAUCCGGAGGAAGUGGAGAUUAAGCCGGAUGGUAUACUCUACUUGCCUGAGAUUAAGUAUCGCCGGAUAUUGAAUCGGGCGUUUGGGCCUGGGGGGUGGGGACUUGUGCCGAGGAGUGAGAGUAUUGUUACCCCGAAGACGGUUACGAGGGAGUAUGCUUUGGUUUGUAAUGGGCGACUUGUUUCGGUGGCGCGCGGUGAACAGGAUUAUUUCUCGCCGGAUGGAAUCCCGACUGCGACGGAGGGAUGUCGGUCUAAUGCGCUGGUGCGGUGUUGUAAGGAUCUAGGCAUUGCGAGCGAGUUGUGGGAUCCGCGGUGGAUUCGCAAGUAUAAGGCGCAGUAUACGCGGGAGGUGUUUGUGGAGCAUGUGGUGAAUAAGCGGAAGUCGAAGAUUUGGGUGAGGAAGGAUGAUGAGGUUUCUUAUCCAUGGAAGGAGUUGAAGUGA